AUGAAGCAAAAGAGAUCGUCUGCUCAACGCGAUGAGUGGAAGGGUGGCGACUACUUCCCUCUCGAAGACAUGACUCAACAACCGCAGCAGCAUCAUCGACAGGACCGAGCAACCUCAUCGAACGCUGUCGACGACAAUGAAUCAUUCCUUGAGAACUCCAACCCAUCAAUGCCAGCCAUUCACAAUCUAGACGAGUUUCUCACCAACGUCUACAAUUAUUAUGUUGCCAAAGGCUUUUACUGUAUUCUAUUCGAUCAUUUCUUUGAACUAUUCACAUCAUUAUUCGUUGUUACAUUCUUUACAUUCCUAGUGUCAUUUGUCGACUACUACAAAGUACUGUUUGCCGAUAGCAAGUCAAUCAACGAGGUUGUGGACUUUUCAAGGAGCGUACCAUCUUGGUUGAUCAUCUUCUUGAUAUUAUUCUGUUCAUAUUGGCUCAUGAAAUUCUUUAGAUUCCUCGUUGAACUCAGAUCCAUCUUUGAGGUCAAAAGGUUCUAUCAUGACGUAUUGCGCAUCACAGAGGAGGACAUACAAACUAUUGAAUGGAGUAAGAUUGCAACCAAACUUGUUGGUGUUCCUAGACUCUGUCUGGUCAAACAGAAUAUGAGUGCACUGGAUAUUGCCAACAGAAUCAUGAGGAAAGAGAACUACAUCAUUGGAAUGAUCGACAGGAAGAUCUUUGACCUCUCAAUUCCCUUCCCAUUCCUGAGACAGUACAAGUUCAUCACCAAGACUCUUGAAUGGAGUAUCAUGUACGUUCUCUACAAUCACAUUUUCGAUGCCAAUGGUGUUGUAAAGGAGGAAUAUUUCGAUCCAACUCAAAGAGAUAGACUGGCCAGAGGUCUUACAAGGAGAUUCAGAAUGAUUGGUCUGGUUGGAUUGUUUGCAUCGCCAUUCAUUUUCUUCUUCCUUCUCAUCUACUACUUCUUUAAGUAUGCUGAGGAGUUUAAGAACAAACCUGGCUCGUUGGGCAGUCGUGAAUGGUCUCCCUUGGCCAAGUGGAAGUUUAGAGAGUUCAAUGAGCUUCCACACCUUUUCAAUAUUAGACUGAAUCUGAGCUAUCCACAUGCCAACAAAUAUGUUGACAGCUUCUCAUCAGAACUUCUUUCUAUAUUUGCCAAAUUUAUAUCAUUCGUACUUGGAUCAAUCCUUGCAGUGUUCCUGGUGUUUGGAGUGAUCAACGACGAUUUCCUAUUCAGCUUUGACCUAUUUGGACGCACGCCCAUUUGGUACGUUGGAAUCUUUGGAACUGCACUGGCUAUCUGCAGAUCUCUCAUCCCCGAGGAGAACGAGGUGUUCAAUCCCGCAAAGCACAUGAUCAAGGUUGUCAAGUACACCCAUUACAUCCCAAAGAGUUGGAGUGGUCGAACACAUACCUACACUGUUCGCAACAGAUUCCUUAAGCUCUUUGAAUAUCGUAUUGUGGACUUCUUGCGCGAGGUCUCCUCUGUGAUCUUUGCCCCAUUCAUACUCCUGUUCUCCCUGCCAAACUCAUCCUUGGCCAUCCUGGAGUUCAUCGCAAUGUACACUGUCAACCUUGAGGGCGUUGGCAAGAUCUGCAUGUUUGGUACCUUCACAAACCUCUCACGCUAUGGCAACACUCUGAACCAAGCCAACAAGAGCGGCAUGGUUCGUUCAUUCUCAGAAACCGACCACAACAGCCACAACAAGCAAGACAAGGUUGAGAGAUCGGUCGUCAACUUUAAGAUUGCCAAUCCAGAAUGGCAUAUUCCUGAUCACGAUGUGUUGGAGGAGCUCAACAGCUACAUUGGCACUGCCCUCCAGCAGCAGCAACAACAGGAACAACAGGAGCAACAGCAAGAGCAGCAAUCUCAGAAUAGCGUCAUUUUCAAUGGAGGCAGAGGAAAGGAACCCUCCUAUCGCUCAGCAUACCUUGACAACAUUGAGGACUCUAGAAUCAUAUCACCAGAGUUGCUGAACUUGGUCUACAACUCUGCUCACUCCAAUGACAACAGUGUCCGAUCCUCUGGCAGAUUCAACUUGGACAACGUAUCUACCAACUGCAUCAAUGACCUCCAGCAGUCCUACUUUGAUUCACAGAUCUUCCUCAGUCCAAUGAAAGACACUACCAAGUACAACAGAAAAGAUUCCGACGACAACGACUAUGUCUAA